AUCAGUAGUUCAUUUGAGUCAUGGAGAGUAGCGAGGACUUGCCCACACGACUCUCCAACCGACGAGAGUGAUGACCACGUGACGCCAUCAAUCCGGUUUCCUCGCACAUACUUGUAAGAAACCACACCUCCAAUCCUAAAACACCUCCAGAAAAAAUGGAUCAGCCACCGACCUCCGCCGACCUCCGCUACCAGUCCGGCUUCCACAACCACUUCUCCUCCGAAGCCCUCCCCGGCGCCCUCCCCUCCGCCCAGAGCAGCCCCCUCGUCUGCCCCUACGGCCUCUACGCCGAGCAAAUCUCCGGCACCUCCUUCACCUCGCCGCGCAAGCUCAACCUCCGCUCCUGGCUCUACCGCGUCAAGCCCUCCGUCACUCAUGAGCCUUUCCAGCCUCUCCGCCCCACCCACGGCUGCCUCGUCAGCGAGUUCAACGACUCCAACAGCUCCACCACGCCGACUCAGCUGCGGUGGAAGCCGGUGGAGGUCCCGGAGGAGGCGACGGACUUCGUGCAGGGGCUGUUUACUGUGUGCGGCGCCGGGAGCUCGUUUUUACGGCAUGGAUUUGCUAUUCACAUGUACACUGCGAACAAGUCGAUGGAUGAUCGUGCGUUUUGCAAUGCUGAUGGAGAUUUCCUGAUUGUUCCCCAAUUAGGGAGGCUUCAGAUCACUACAGAAUGUGGAAGAUUGAUGGUAUCUCCUGGUGAAAUUGCUGUGUUACCUCAAGGAUUUCGAUUUGCAGUAGACCUUCCUGAUGGUCCUUCACGUGGUUAUGUAGCUGAGGUUUUCGGCACCCAUUUUCAACUCCCUGAUCUUGGCCCCAUAGGAGCUAAUGGCCUAGCUGCUCCAAGGGAUUUUCUUGUUCCCACCGCAUGGUUUGAAGAAAGUACCCGUCCUGGCUACAUUAUUAUACAAAAAUAUGGAGGAGAACUUUUUACUGCAAAGCAGGAUUUCUCUCCAUUCAAUGUAGUUGCUUGGCAUGGUAAUUAUGCUCCAUAUAAGUAUGAUCUGACCAAGUUCUGCCCAUUCAACACAGUCUUGUUUGAUCAUGGUGAUCCUUCAGUUAAUACAGUAUUGACAGCACCAACUGAUAGACCUGGUGUUGCAUUGCUCGAUUUCGCCAUUUUCCCACCUCGAUGGUUGGUUGCUGAGAAUACGUUUCGACCUCCAUACUACCAUCGUAAUUGUAUGAGUGAAUUUAUGGGCCUCAUUUAUGGUGGAUAUGAGGCAAAAGCAGAUGGAUUUCUUCCAGGUGGUGCAAGCCUCCAUAGCUGCAUGACUCCCCAUGGUCCUGAUACGAAAACAUAUGAGGCUACAAUUGCACGCGGAAAGGAUGUAGGACCACAAAAAAUCAGUGAUACUAUGGCUUUUAUGUUUGAAUCGUGUUUAGUCCCCCGAAUUUGCACAUGGGCGCUCGAGUCUCCAUUCAUAGAUCAUGACUAUUACCAGUGCUGGAUUGGACUAAGAUCACACUUCACAGGCACGAGUGUAGAUGGAGAUCUCCCGAAUGGUCAGUAGACGAAUUGAAGUUCCACUGUCAUUGCUUGUAUGAGCUGAAUGCCUGGAUGAAACUCUAGUCCAUACAAAGUGUAGUAAAAACAGAAACCAACUUGCUACAACGUACAUAAUAGAAUAAGCUAGGAAGAUCCUGCAAAUUCUUCUGUAUAAAGAAAGUCUGUUAAAUCAAUAUGUCAAUACAAAGAUUAUAUCUAGUUUAGGAUCAGCUCAAUCAUGUUCGUACUUCCCAGAUUUUCGAUGUCGUACGACUUUGGGUUGUUAUCGUUUCUUAUUUCUACAGUUUCAUUUUUGACUGCUACAAGUGAACUCUGUUACUUGCA